CUCUCUCUCUCUCUCUCUCUCUCUCUCUCUCUCUCUCUCUCUCUCUCUCUCUCUCUCUCCCUGUCUCUCUCUAGCACUCUCUCUCCCUGUCUCUCUCUAGCACUCUCUCUCUUUACCUCUCUGUAUCUCACUUCUCUCGGUCAUAACAGAAGUUCUUGUCCUCAUGCAUGUUCUUGUUCAUUGUAAUCAUAUCUUGCUCAUUGUUUGCGCAGCUUGAUAAUGUUGUUGAGAAAACUGGGAAACUUGUGGCCGCUAAUUGGGGAGAUCAGCUCAAGAUGAAAAAGAAAUUGGUUGGAUUAACAAGGGAGCAUGAGGCUCUUUUCAAUUUUGUUGAGAACAACAAACAAAUCUCCACAGAAAAAGAGAAACAGAAGAUGCUCAACAGGCUGACCAAGUCUGCCGAGGCGCAGAGCAGAAUAGACGAGGAGUAUUUCAACAUCAACAUGGAGGGCCAUCAGAUCAGACUGAAAUGGGAAAACACACUGAAAAGUUGCUACCAGAUAAUCCAGGAUCUGGAGAAGGAGAGAAUAGAGAUCCUCUGCAAUGUUCUGAACAGAUACAAUCUCCACAUGUCCAGUUUUGGACAGACUCUCCUACACAGUCAGAAGCAGAUCGACCAAGCCAGUCAGAGGACAGACGUGGAGAAGGACAUCCAGAGCUUUGUGGAAGACACCAGUGUGACAGCUGAAGACAACACGGCUGAGUUCUUGAUGGCAGAUUACUUUGAAGAAGAAAAUAAAACAUUCAUGUCCAAAGAAAGAAGAAAGGGUGCCAUCCAGUCCAAACUUCAUCGGCUGGAAGACAACAUAAAAAAGACAAAGAAAGACUGUACUGGUCUGGAAAGGCUGAUUACAUCCUAUGCUGAAAAUCCAUCAUUCUCAAACAAAAAGAACCUUGAGGAAACUGAACAGUUGCUUGAUGAGACCACUCUGAAACUGGACCUUCUUGAAGCCACUCAAUGCAAACUAUCUUCCACGCUGGCUGAAUUAGAGGGAAAACCAAAGACUUUGCAUCGCUUUAGUGACAGUAUAACGAAAUGGAAAGACAAGGAUUGCGAGCACAGUAUAGUUCAGCUGGCCCGUCCAGUCAAAAUCAAGAAGACACCGUUCAGAAGCCGGCAGUCACUGAGGGCCUCCAUCGUUUACAAAGGGCCCAGGAGCAUGACAGCGUCUGCAGAGGCCAGCACAGGGCACGUGUCCACCACCACCCAGCCCACCACGGCUCUGCAGAGUGGCAGCGCUGUCGCUAGGCCAACUCCUGGCAGCAGCACUGUCACCGGGCCAGUGAAUAGUGACAGCACUCAACAUGGACCAAUUGAAAGUGACGGCGCUGUCAAUGGAGCACCGCAUCAGAUAGAUGAGAAAGGAGAUGCAGAGUGGUCAAGCAUUGGGAAAUGCAAGGCUCUUUACGAUUUCACAUCAGGAAGAGAAGAUGAACUGGAUUUGAAAGCAGGUGAUCUUCUUGACAUCUACCAGAAAGAAGACAGCGGUUGGUGGUAUGGGAUACUGAACGGCCAGACGGGUCACUUCCCCUCCACGUAUGUUGAGGAGCUGCCCAUGUUGAAUGUAGUCAAGUCAUCUGAAGUGUGACUCCUGGGCUCCACAGAGCCAUAUGGACAUCAUCAAAAGUUUACUACAAACCAAAUUCAGGUGUUACCAGCUACAUGCCAGUGAAAGAUAA